AUGUGGGAAAUGAUGAAGGAAAUAAGGGAACUAGUGAUGCUUUUUCUAAUGGCGUUGUGCUCAAAAUUAACAGCAACUAGUGGUAAAACGAUGACGAUAAGGAAAUGGCAGGUACCGGCUGAGGAUAGCUAUUGCUUGAGCUGGAGAUUGGGGGUGGAGACUAACAAUAUACGUGCAUGGCCCAUCGUUCCGAAUCAAUGUUUGCGUUACGUUGAAAGUUAUAUGAUCUUAGGUCAAUACGAACGUGAUAUUGAUCUAAUAAUUGAUCAAGUUAUGGAUUAUGUUAAUGAUGAUGUUGUUUUAUCUAACGAUGGCUUUGAUGCUUGGAUUUUAGACGUCGAUGACACUUGUAUCUCCAAUCUCUUUUAUUACCAAGGCAAACGAUUUGGGGGUGAUCCAUACGAUCCGAAGGGAUUUAAGGAAUGGGCAUUAAAAGGAGUUUGUCCAGCAAUUCCAGGUGUACUAAGAUUAUAUAACAAGUUAAUUAAAAAAGGAUUUAGAGUAUUCCUUGUGACUGGUAGAAGUGAAGCUACAUUUGGACAAACCACCCUUAACAAUCUACACAGCCAGGGAUUUCUUGACUAUGAACGUCUCAUUUUAAGGAGUGACGAAUACAAAGGAAUGAAUGCAUUGGAUUAUAAAUCAGAGAUCAGAAAAAACUUGGUAGAAGAGGGGUACAUGAUAUGGGGCAACAUAGGUGACCAAUGGAGUGAUAUUCAAGGAGACUAUGUAGGCAUUCGAACAUUUAAACUCCCCAAUCCCAUGUACUUUGUCCCUUAAAUAAUAUUUCAGUCAUUCAACUUUAUUUUGUAUCAAUAACAUCACUCAACUUAGAUCUUUGUAUCAAUAAAAUCAUUCAACUAAAUU